AUGAAUAUUUUACAACUUAAAGAAUUAACAGAUGAGAUGAUGAAUUUAAGUCUUAAUAAAUUUUAUGAUUUUAUUGAAAUUGCAUUAGAUAAAGAUUUAAGUGAACUAUUUAAAGUUCAGGCAAUUCGAGAAAUGUCAUCGUUAUCAUCUAUAACAAUAGAUCAAUUGACACAAGUACUCACCUUCGAAAUCGAUGAGUUAAAAGGUUUAAAAAAGUCUCUUGGUUUUACGACAAGUGAUGGAAAUUUUCAUCUUCGACUUGGUCAUCGAAAAUUAUUAGAGCAUUUAUUAUCUUUAGUACAAGCAAAAAAAACUUUGUCUGUGAAUAAUCGUGAAUUAUCAAAUAAUUUUAUAGAAAAUGAUAUAGAAAAAAAGUUAAUCGAGUUGUUAAAACAUCAAACAUCUAAUUUAUCCGAUGGACAUAAUGUUCCUAUUCUUAUUCCAUGGGUUAUAAAUAUUUUUCAAAAUUUAAAAACAACAAAAAAUAAAUAUAGUUAUGACAUACAUAUUCAACAAUUUGCAUUAUUAAUAUAUAUUUUUGGAGAAUCAUUGAUAAGAAAUCAAGAAAUGAGAAUGAUUGAAAGCGAAUUUCGAUUUCAAUUAAUAAAAGAACAUUUAAAACCUAAUAAAUGUAAUUAUGUAUUUAUAGCCGAAGAUGCUACUAGUUCAAUAUGUCGCAUAGAUUACGAUGCAACAUCAAAUUCAUUUAUUGGUUUUUCUUCACCUUUAAUUGAUGGAGUAGCACAGUCGAAUUUUUUUCAGACAGAAAAUUUCGAACAAUUAGAAUUAUGGCUUAGUGAAAUCGAUAAAGCGAAGUUUAUUAAUCUUUAUAUGUUAAAAUCUUUAGUAUUAUCUGAUCCACCAUUUAUUUUGACAGCUUACGGAUCUAAUAAUAAAGCAAAAGCAAUUGAAAUCUUAAAAAGGUGGUUAUUCAUUUAUCAUCAAUGUUUGAUCCAAGAUAUACAUGUUAUAGGUUUUAGUACUGAUGCUGAUUCACGUUUUCUCAGGGCAAUGAGGUUAUGUUCUCGUUUUUUCGCAACGUUACCAAAUUUUAAUAUAUUAAAAUAUAAAGAUAUAUUUCAUAUAAAAAUUCCAAAACAAUGGUCUUGGUUUUUCAUGGAAGAACAACAAAUUCUUUUUUUUAUGCAAGAUGGUAUUCAUAUUGCUACAAAAUUUAGAAAUCAAUUGCUUUCUGAAACAGCACAUAUGAAAAUAGGAUCUUAUUCAAUUGAUAUUCAUGAUGUAUUUGAUUUAAUUGAAUUAGAAAGCAAAAUAGAGCACACUUUAAUUAAAUGUGACGUCGAUCCCAAAGAUCGUCAAAAUUUUGCAUCAUGCUUAAGAAUAUCUUCUAAAGAUGUGUUAAAUUUACUAGAGAAAAAUGAAAAAGCUACAGGAACAUUUGUAUACUUAUCUUUAUUACGAUCAAUAAUUGCUGGAUUUAUUGAAAGAUCAACAACAAUCGAACAACGACUAUUUCACAUAUGGACUGUCGUUUUUACAUUUAUCAAAAACAAAUUACCAGUUGAUGCACUUAAUACAUUUGCUUUCAAUUCACAGAUAUGUGAAAAUACUUUCAGAAUCGCUAGAUCUUUAUCAGGUUCAUUUUCUUCAAAUACACAUUUUAGUGUAAAAUCAUUUUUAAAGCGAUGCGAAAAAAUAUCGAUUAUCAACUCAAUUAAAAAUCAUGGUGGACAAAUAGGAGAAUACCAGUUUUAUUUUCCACAACAUCAUAAAAAUCAUAAAGAUACAUGUACUUAUUCAAUAGAUCAUAUUAAUGAAUUGAAUUUAACAGAGAUUGAUAUUGAAAUUAUUAUCAAAAAUGCAUUUGAAGAAGCUAAAAAGUAUGUUUCAAUGGUCAAUAUGACUGAUUUUUUGAAAGCAAAAAAUAUCUAUACCUUAUCAAGUUUAAGUACAUUUACAAGAUCAAUUUUAAAUAGAUCAUCAUCAAAAAGGAUUGAUUAUACAAUUGAUAAUAAUAGUUCGGAUGAAGAUUCUGAUGAAGAGAAUUUAUAUAGUGCAAAUAGUAUGUCAGAUGUAUUGAAUAAUGAAGAUCAAUUCUCACCAAAUAAUACUGAUGACGAAGAGGAAGAGGAAGAAAAUGUAAUAGCAAUUGAUGUACCUCAUACAGCACAAACAAAAUUGAAUGGUUGUCGUAUAUACGACAAAAUCAAUCCACAACAAUCAAAGAAAUAUUUUGGAAUACGUAUUGGUUCAUCAUAUAAAUUUAUACACAAGCAAACAUCUUGCUGGUUGCUUACAACAGAUAAACAACGACUGUGA